AGGAGAGAGAGAGAGAGAGAGAGAGAGAGAGAGCUUCUCUCCGAAAUCUGGGGUUAGGAUUUGUGGGUUCGGAUUUCCAAGAUUUCGAGGAUUUGGCCGGAAAUGGAUGACGGCGGCGGCGGCGCUCCGCGGCGGGAGCAGUCUGCCCUCUGCGACCACUGCGGUGAGGCGGCGGCCGUGCUCUACUGCCGCGCUGACACGGCGAAGCUCUGCCUCCCCUGCGACGCCCUCGUCCACACUGCCAACGAUCUCGCCCGCCGGCACGGCCGCUCCCCGCUCUGCGACAACUGCGCCGCCGCUGCCGGCACCGCCCUCUGCGCCGUCGACGGCCUCUCCCUCUGCCCACACUGCGACUGGGACGCCCACUACGCCACCGCAGCCCGCUCCUCCCCUUCCCCCCACUCCCGGACACCCAUCGAGGCCUUCUCCGGCUGCCCCUCCGCCCUCGAGCUCGCCGCCGCCUGGGGCUUCGAUCUCUCCGCCAGAAAAAUCCCACCUUUUACGCCUCCGGACCAGGAGCUCUCCCCAUCUAAUAAGAACUGGGAGGCCCUUGAUUCGAUUCCGGCCGUCGAUCCGGUGCUCGGGAAUCUCCAAGUCCCCUGUACCAAGCGUCAGAAGAGCGGAAGGGGGAGGCAGGAACUACUGAGGCAGCUGGUGGAAUUGGCUGGAAGGGAGCCGGUCGCUGCUCCGGUGGCGGGCGAGCUGAGCCCGAGAACGCCAAGCAAUAACAACGGCGGUCGGGACGAGGAGGAGGGCCAGGCGGUGGAGCAGACGGGGUUCACUUCGUUGCUUAAUUUGGGGCUGGCGGCAUGCUCUGGUCUCAAAGGAAAUGAUAGGCUUCUGGGGGAUGAGGACUUGACAUGGGAUUGUGGCCCUUCUGAACAUUGUACUCAGAUAUGGGAUUUUAAUUUAGGAAGAUCAAGAAAUCUUGAUGAAUGUUCUCCGCAUGAAGUUGGAUAUAGUGCAAACUCUGCUGGUUUUAGUAUUAAUAGUUACAGUGAUUUUCUUAAAGACAGUUCCUUCGCAACUACGAAGGUGAUGGAUGAUAUAUAUGACAUGAAUUGCCCUUCAGCAAUUGAGAAUAUCUUAUCUAUUCACAGUUGCCAAAUAUCAUCUCAUAAUCUGCACACAGUACCAAGGACUAGUAAAUGGUCGAAUAGUGCGACAGAUUCAGCAAGCCAAGGGCCAAAACCCUCUGGAACUAAGACCUUCACUGUGGUUAGGCCUAUUGGUUCCUUACAUGAUCCUGGACCUGUUGGCAAAAGCAAGGAAAUUUCCUUUGAAGAACAAUCCUACCACAUCAGCAAUGGAGCAGCCAAAGAGACCAAGAAAGCUGACAGUCAAUUAUUGGCUCACAACAGGGGCAAAGCCAUGUUGCGAUACAAAGAGAAAAGGAAGACUCGCAGAUUUGAGAAGCACAUCCGUUAUGAGUCCAGGAAAGCAAGGGCUGAUUCAAGGAAGCGAGUGAAGGGUCGUUUCGUUAAAUCAACUGAAGGUGAAGGUUAAUGGUAGUUGAAAAGGCUUUAUAAUCAAGCCUGCAUUGGCUGUAUAUAUUUUUCUUACUCUUGCUGCUGGUGCUGCUAUUAUUGCUGUAAUUUUAAUCUAUGUCAUGAAGGUUAGAGUCCAGCAAUUUCACCGUUUCUUGAAUAGCGUCUCCAACGAGCAAAUGUAGAUCCCUAUCGUUUCUGGGAAAAUGUUGUUGCUUCAGUUCGGGUUUUGAUUCCUAUUCAUGUACAUUGGCAAUGACUCGACUAUUGCAGGAUGUGUAACUGAGAAAACUUUAUCAGAUUUUUGUAGCAUUAUCUUUGGCCAAGUGUUAGGCUCGUCCAGGUCAGCUGAUUGAUUUGAAUCAGAUGGCUCUCUGCUUUGCGGUCAGCCAAACUCCAAGAGUUAAUGGCAGUUUCUCUAAUAUCUUGGGAGCUUUCGCCUGUUCAAGUAGAUUGUGUUGCAAACCAUCAAAGGCUUCUAUGAC